AUGGAGGGCAGAACAAGCUCUGUGCUCCCACCUGGCUUCAGGUUUCACCCCACUGAUGAGGAACUAAUCGUGUACUACCUUUCUAACCAAGCCACAUCAAAACCAUGCCCUGCAUCAAUAAUUCCAGAAGUUGAUAUCUAUAAGUUUGAUCCGUGGGAAUUACCUGAGAAAACAGACUUUGGAGAGAAUGAAUGGUACUUCUUUACCCCAAGGGAGAGGAAGUACCCAAAUGGGGUGAGGCCUAAUAGAGCAACUGUGUCUGGGUACUGGAAGGCCACUGGUACUGAUAAAGCAAUCUACAGUGGCUCUAAGCAUAUUGGGGUCAAGAAAGCUUUGGUCUUUUACAGGGGUAAGCCACCAAAGGGUAUCAAGACAGAUUGGAUCAUGCAUGAGUACAGAUUAAUAGGAUCAAGAAGACAAACCAAUAGACAAAUUGGAUCCAUGAGGCUAGAUGACUGGGUCUUGUGUAGGAUCUACAAGAAGAAGAACAUGGGAAAAUCAUUGGAGGCAAAAGAGGACUACCCAAUAGCACAAAUCAAUCUCAUACCACCAAAUAAUGAGACUCAACAAGAAGUGAUGAAAUUUCCAAGGACUAGUUCCCUUACUCAUCUUUUGGAUAUGGAUUACUUAGGUCCAAUAUCACACAUACUAUCUGAUGCAUCAUACACUUCAACCUUUGAUUUUCAACUUAACACUGCCAAUGGUGGAAUAGACCCCUUCAUAAAGCCACAGCCACUUGAAAUUCCUAAUAGCCUUUAUGCAGCAGAUUCAGGGAAGUACCAAGUGAAACAGAACUGCACCAUCAACCCCACCAUAUUUGUAAACCAUGUCUAUGAUCAGAGAGGAUAAUACCAAAAAUGAAAAAAAAAAUAUGAAAUUGGAUUAUUUGGAACAUGACGAUAAGCGUCAUCAAUUACAUAAUCCUGAAGAUUCUUUGUAGAAAUACAUAUAUAUCACAUCACCCAAUGAAUUUUCAGUGAUAUCCAAUCAGAUCAUAGCACCCACAGAAAAUGUAAAUAUAUAUAUAUAUAUAUACACUCUUUGUAUGAAAUACCAUUAACAUUUCUUUCAACACUUUUUAUAUUAUCAA